AUGCCGACAGGUCAGGCGAUGCUAAACGAUGUUGCAUCGUUUUUAUUAGCGCAAUUGGAUCCUUUGUUGCCGGUCAACUCGCAUGUGAAGACGUUUGAGGAGGUGGAGAGGGAUCAGUAUUUCAUGAAUAUCAGGCUUUCGCUCUUCAAUUUGGUGAUUACACAUGGGUAUUCUGCGAUAAGUCCAGCCUUGAUAGCAAAAUUGGAACAAGUUUCGAGUUUGCCCAAGGAUGGGACGCACGAUUUCGACAUACUGCUGUCUUUGAUUGUACUUUUAAGGAUGAUAACGGAUACAAAUGAGGUUUACUGGAGGAUGCUUGAUCCGGAGUAUAAUAUCAGUACGAGUAGUGACGAGAAAAUCGCGUUUUCGACGUAUUACAAUGGUUUUUCGGUGCAGACUACGACUUUGCACACGGUACGUCCUCAACCAUUGACACCACAGUUGGCCUCGUCAUUCCUCCAGCUUUUGUCUAAAAUCAAGUCUAACAAGAAGGUGAUUAAGAUGUUGAACAGCAUGUUGCGGUCACUACAUGGGAAUAACACCUCUUAUGCGCAUCCUCCUCUCAAGGACAACACUAUUGGUUUAACCGAAUCCAAGAAGACGAAGUACAACUCUUAUCUAAUAGAAGUGCUCGACCAGCAUUGCGCGUACCUUUUCAAGUAUAUUGCAGCAUCCAACCCACAGGAGUUCCAUAUGUUCAUUAAGACUACGGUUAUAUCUCCUUUGCUUAUCACUCACACCCAUUCGGAGAGUGAUAUCGCGUCGUUCUUGUGCUAUUUUUCCUACCAUUACAUUACGCUGGAUACUCUCCCAACUUUCUUGGAAAUAUUACAAAAGAUGGCCGCGAGGAUGAAGAAAUCCAUAUAUCAGGAAGUAUUGUUGUACUUUGCUUCUGAAUCAAUACAGAGUUGGAUAAUGGCAAGGCCCAAGGAUUAUUUACGUGUCAUUGAUAGCAUACAAAGAAACUCAGCGGACCCCGGUAUUCUGACCAUCCAGCGGAUUUCAACAUCUCUUUUCGAGGAUGUGUAUUCGAGUUUCAAUAUCGAAAAGCUUUUGACGGAAGGUGCUGUAUCUUCAUCGUCAUCUUCAUCUUCGACAGUAGGAUCGCAAUCUACUACCAUGAACUCAUCACAAGACUCACCCAUAUACGUGGACCCCUUCGACGAACAGGCAUUGAUCGAUGAGGAAAGUAACAACAAUGGGUAUAGUGGUAACAGCAGUGAAAGUCCUCGUUCUCCUACUUCUUCGACAUCCUCCUCGCGCUCCGCUUUUAACGUACCAUAUUAUGGUCCAAAAUUCGAGUUGAUCGAUGAUACUGAAGAUAUGACAAGAGUUUCGGUUCUCACAUUUUCUACACUGAUGUUGAUGUUAAGUCCGGAUAUUUUCGAAGAAAUCAAUAAUACUUCUUUGAAACACAUCCCUGAAGACGUACCUACUAGUGAUCAUGAUGCGGAUGCCUCUGAGGAUAGAACACCAACGGAUUCACCCUUUUCAAAUCGAUACCCGACAACUACAAAAAGCUCUAAAAGUUCCAAGUUUGGACUUAAAAAGCUUAAGCACCAGUUGACGUCGUUGAACCAUGUAACAAACAAGAAGACGAAGUUUCUUUUGACAAUCUUGAAAAAUAUUAACGGAAAUAAUAUUGUUUCAGAGAAUGCCAUCCUUGAUACUCUAAGAGUAUUGAUCUUAAUUUCUAAGCUUUCAACUUCUAACUUACUUCGAGAAAGGGAUGCCCCUGUAGCAAAUUUCACACGAAGAUUGUUUUACAUUAUGUGUGAUAUAUUGCAAUUAGGGUCAGAAAAAGAUGCCAAAUUCAAUCCGGUCAUUGCCCAUUGUCUAGCAAAAUAUCCUCAAGCGCAUCUAAAACUUCAAGUUGAUUACUUUUAUGUUGCCUGUUCCAUUGAUGUGGACUCCUUCUUGGAGAAAUUGGCGGAUUAUCUGAAGAGAAAACACACCGGAAUAAUGCAUUUGAGAAUGAUAACGGAUGGGUUUUGCCUUUAUUUCAACAAUAUCACAAAGGAAACAAUCAAGGAGAAGAUCAUGGCUCGGAUUGACAAAUUUUUGAAGGACACGGCGUAUGAGGUUUCAAACAUUUUACUAGCAAGCUCUAGUAUACUCGAAGAUAGCGCAUCAGAGAUGGUAGAGACUAUAUUCGAAGUAAGUGCAUCAAGUGAUAAUUCAGAAUCACCAAAGAUGUAUUUCAACCCAUCUCCACUGCCAUCUUCGUCUCCUGCCUUUCUGAACUUUUUCUCAAGAACAGGUACCAGCACUCCAUUGUCAAAAUCGAGAUCUACCUCCUCUUCAUCCUCUUCUUUGUCGCCGGUAGAUGUUCCAAUGAUUCAAAAUACAGGUAAAAAUAUUAGAGACAUUGUAGCCCCAACUGCAGGACGUCCAUCAAAAUCAUCGAUGACCACAUCUCGCAGUUCUGCAUCUCCAAAUGAAAAUGAUAGGUCUAUUAAUUCCAUCCGCACUAUUAUUGAUAAAAAUAUCAAGUCACCUUUAAGAGUUAGUAGCAUGCUUAGAAAGGCCUCUCAGGAGUCAGUGAGCAGUGCCACUGUUAAGAAUAUUCGGGAAACAUUAGAGAGACAUGAGCAAGAAAAUACUCAGCUUGCAAGAAUCAUUCUCACUAAUAUAUUUUCAAUAUACAAAGGUAUGUCUAACUAUUACGUUUUGACCUACGAUGAUCCUGAUACCUCGACACCUUCAACAAAUUACUUAAAACUUGUGAAACCAGUUUUUGCUAGCUUCAUUGACGACAAUGAAACUUUAUUUGAUACAGCGCAAGGGGUGAUUAGUACUGUUAUAUCACAACUUAAGUCAGCACAACAGCAGCACUCUGCUUAUAGAUCGAUAUGUUAUACAGGUUCCGGAUAUCUGUUGUCUCUUAUUGGUACAACUUUGUUCAACUUGAACCUUUCAGACGCUAAAAGAGAACAUUUAUUGAAACCAUUGGUGGAUCUUUGGAAAGCUCGAAUCAGCAUUGUGAAGGGAUAUGAAAUGGAAGGAGAUUUAUCGGAACUUGAAGAAUCUGAACGCUUAACUUUUGGAUUGAUUCGUGGAUCAGUUGGAAGGGCAUUGUUUUGUUCUCUCUAUUCUAAUAACACUAAUAUUCACAAGUUGUUGAAAUCAUCAUUUAAGCUUUUCACUGAAGAAAUUAGGAUACAUCAGCUUUUCCAUGAAGAUGACGGAAAUGAUUCUGAAUUAGAUAUGGCCAAUCUUGAGUUUUUUAAUGUUAUGAGCCGUGAUAAUUAUGUUUCCACUGGUGUAGUGGCUUUCCAACGUAGGUUGAGGACAGAUAUUUUGAAGUAUAUUAAGUACCCCGAUAAGAUCAUUUUUGAUGUUUCCCAAUUGAUUUACAAAAAAUGGUACGAUUUAUCUGUUAAGCCCUCAUUGAAUGCUACUGACUUGAGUCAUUUUCGUAAUUAUGCUGGUUUCUUGGCUGCAUCUUGUGGGAUUUUUUCAACGAUUAAUGCUUCCAUAGGUCACCAAUUCCCACUUUUAGACGACAUGAAGCAAAGUGUUGAUUCCAAAAUCAAAUACUUUGUUGAAAAACAAUGUCUAUGGUUAAACAAUGAAGAUUUGUUGACAAGAGAGAACUCAAAGGAUAUUAUCGCUACGGAAUUGCAUCCUUUAGCUUUCUCUUCGGUAUUCUCUGCUUUACAACGUCGUAUUAACGAAUUGAAGGAUAUCAAUGUAAUAGAAAAAGAGAACGAACUAUCCUUAAUUUUAUUGGAGCAGGUGAUCAUGGUCAUUAGGAUGAUUUUAGAAAGAGAUGACACAAGUGAGGUUCUCAUAUUGGUGUCAGUGCCUUUGUUGAACUUAAUUGACGAUAUCCUAAAGAUUGUGGACAACAUCGAUAAAUCAUCUCCAAAAUACUUCAAAUGUGUUAUUCAUCUGUCCAAGAUGCUUAAAUCAUUCCAGCAUUCUGAAUCCAGUAUAUGUAUUACUGGUUAUAUGGUGGUGAAAAAUAGAUGGUUAAGGCUCGUAACACAAUGGUUCCAGAGUGCUAUAUUUAAUGACUUUGAUCUACAAAAUUUGAGCAAGUCGCACCGUGAUAUGGAUUUGGAAAAGCGUGAUUUGGACUAUUUAUACAUAGACACUACCAUUGAGUCGUCCAAAGCCAUCACAUAUUUAACUAAAGAUUUGGUUUUAGAAGCACCACAGUCAAUGUCCGAAAUUGAACUUCAGAGAUCAAAGUCUGUAGUUUUUGGAAAUUAUUUUAACAUUUUGUUGAAAGCAUUGGAAAAGAGUACGUGCAUUGAAAAUUUUCCGACUACUCUUAGACAUAAGAUCGCACUGCUUAAUGAGAAUAUUAUAAUGUCCCUCACCAAUUUGCUAAUAGCUAAUGUGGAUGUCGGUUUAAACCAUGCUAUUCCAAUAGGUUAUUCGAAUAAUCGGAAUAUUCGUCUUGCAUUUAUGAAUGUUUUUGUCAAUAUCGUGUCUAGCUUUGAUACUUCAAACAACUCGGUGAAGAAAAAAAGGGAUGAAAUUGUCGAAGAGGUGGUCCUUCUUUCCCUCAAGACACCUGCUAUGCUUUCGAAGGCUUGUCGCGUAUGUCCAGCAAGUGAUAUAGACGCAUUAGCCAGCUCAAUCGUUUACGUUUUCGAAGUGAAGAAUGCGGCCCAUAUUAUUGUAACCGAACUUGUUCGCGAGGAGAUAUCCAACGCCACUCGUCAUAUGGAAAUAUUAAGGAGAAAUAGUUGUGCUACUAGAGCCUUGUCGAUGCUAGCAAGAAUAAAGGGAAUGGAUUAUUUAUCGAAAAUUUUGAAGCCAAUAUUGGAAGAAUUGUUGGAAACCAAUGAGUGCUUUGAAGUUGAGAAGAUUGAGCCAGACGAUCCUGAUGCACCAAGAAAUUUACAGCUGUUCAAGAAGUACAUGACUAAGGUUGUUGAUGCAAUCACAAACUCGAUAGAUUCAUUCCCACCGCAGUUCUUUGUAAUAUGCCAAGCUAUUCACUCAAGUGCCUCAGAAAGAUUCCCAGAAUAUGCAGAUAUUGCUGUUGGCUCUUUCUUGUUUUUGCGUUUCUUCUGUCCGGCACUAGUAAGUCCCGAUUCAGAAGAAAUUAUUGAUAGUCUAACUCCAAAGGCAAGAAAGUCAUCCAUGUCUCUCGCAAAGGUGAUCCAGAAUAUUGCAAAUGGAUCUGUAAAUUCCAUCAAGUGGAGACUCUUGGAAUCUGAGACGGAAUAUUUGAAGAACUGUAGUAACAAAAUUUUCAAGUUUUUGUCAGAGGUAUCAGAUAAGAAAAGAGUAGUUAAAAUAAAACUCAGAUUAGAAAACAGGGUGACACCAAAUGAAUUCAGUUUCCUUCACAAAUUUCUGUAUUAUCAUGGCUUAGAAAUGCGUAAUGUCCUUAUUGAUGACGUAAAAUCAUUCGAUGAUAUUAGUAACAUUCGUCGUUCAGCAGUCAUUGUUGAUAGACUUCUCUCUCUGAUGGGACAACCUAGAAUGGAAUUUAAGAAUGAAAUGCCUGCAUAUAUAAGAGAGAACGCGGAAACAAAUCCCCAACUUUAUGAAUUUAUGAGCAAGCAGGCCUUGAAGUUUUCCGAAAGUCAAGAAAAUGAAUUAGUCAAAUUUGUUCAAGAAUCGGUUACUGCAGAGGGGUUGCCUGUUGUCGUGUUCAAUUGGUAUGAGUUCCAAAGAGAAGGAAAUAAUGAUGUUGAGUCUAUGAUAUAUCGUACCUUCCAAAUUUACUCAAAAGUUAUGACUAAGAAGCAUUUUUUCGUUACUGAUUGUACGGGCUUUGACGAUGAGCACCAAGUGAAAAAGCUGUUUAUGAAAGUUAUGUCUCUAUUCUUCAAUCUAUUGCCAUCUGAGGGUCUUUAUAACUGUGAAACGCUGUACUUUUACAAUGCAACUCAAGUCUAUUUGACUUGGUGGUUGGAGUUCCAAAGAUCGCAUCUAAGUAUAUUCCAGAAACUUAAGGUUCCGGUAUCUUUUAUCAAUACAGAAUCAGAUCCUAAGUUGAUAAAAACUUUGGGUCUUUCUGAUUAUUCUAGAGAAGUUUUCCAUGAUGUUAGAGUUACUUUGCAUGAUGUAUCGCUUUACGAUGAGAAUAUAAAGAGAUUUAGCCCUGUGACAUUAAAGGUUGGUAACAAGUUUUUCCAAAUUGUUCAUGACACCCCUCGUAAGUUUAAGCUGCAAGAGAAUUCAGAUAUGAUUAGUAUCAAGCCGAAUUACGUUUAUGAGAUUGCAAAUGUUAUCUCUACGUCUGUGUCUAGGAUAACUGGAGUUUCAUCUGAAUUCUGCAUUGAGUUGAAAGAUCGUAAGAGGUUGAUUAUGUCAAGUCCAAAGUAUCUCGAAAUAUUGAAAAUGUUCUAUUAUGCUCAGGCGAAAAUAAUAGAAGAGUUUAAUGAUAACGAAUAUACCACUGAUAAUAUCAGUAAGCACUCUAAAGAGGUCAUAAAAAUGGCAGAUAUUGUAAGUCACUUACUUCUAGUUGCAUUAGUGGGCCUAGGUGGUGAUAGCGAAAUUAGGGCAGUGUCCUAUAAUUUGCUUUCUUCGAUGCAUUCGACAUUCUCUUUGAACAUGGGUCACCUCCUACCAUAUACGCCUGACAUAUAUGUACCCGAAGAUCCAAACCCUAUGUUUGAACCUCUUAUCAAGACUCUAGCUGAGACGUCCCCAGAAUUAACCAGCUAUUACUUGAAAUACAGUAUAGAUAUGUUGGAGAACUCGGAACACGAUUUGCAUUUUGUCGGUAACUUAUUGAGGACUAUGAAAUACUGGAUCGGCAACUUAAGCAAGCAUGUGUUUUUAGCUGAUGAUCAAGAUGGCCCAGAGAGAACUAAUAAACUCAUAAGACGCUUGGUGAGACUUACUGUCCAACCAGGUCAGCCAACGUCCUUGUACCUUGACUAUAUCUGGCCAACUUUAGUUCAAGAUCAGUAUUUGUUACAGGAAAUUAUUGACGAAGUCAUUGGACACUGUAUGGAUCGAGCAGCCGAAGGAGUGGAUUGGCAUCCUGCUUGUAAAAUAUUAUUACGAGCUCCGACAAUUGAUAUCACCGGUGCUGUAAUUAAGAGGAUUCUUGAAAUCACGCACUCGUUUCUUCCAAACCUCAAAGAGGAAACUAAUGUUAACAGUUGGACUGAACUAAUUAUUCUUGUCCAUUUGGCUUCUUCCUUAUUUUGCGACUCACCUUUAUUGGUUGAUAUUUAUAUGCCGGAGGUAUUAUUCAUUGUAUCUUUAUUGAUUGAUGUUGGUUCGACGGAAAUGAGGUCAUCUUUGCAUAAACUUUUGAUGAAUACGUGCCAGUCCCUAUUGAGUAAUACUUCUCUUCCUAAAUACAGCAGGAAGAAUCUAUAUGAGAUUCAAAAAAUCUUCUCGGAUCAAAAGACAAAAAUCAUGUUUGGUUUCAGUCAAGAAAGAGGUCGGUUAUUACAAAACUUUAGUGCAUCCUCUUUCCUAACGAAGUUCACCACUUUGGAGCACUUUGUGAAUAACUUGAUCUCCCUAAUGGACAAUGGUUCUCGUAUGAGCGUUGAACAAUGGAAGACUAGGUACUUGCAGUACAUUAUGGGCACUGUAUUCCACGUUCAAUCAUUUUUAUCUGCGCGUGCUAUGAUGAUUUUAGGUAUUAUAUCAAAAGAGGGAAUAUCUGAUGGACUACUUAGAAACUUAUUGAAACAAAGCAUGAUCAUUCUUGCAAUUCCAGAGGUUAGUGAUGAACAAAUUUUCUUCACAAUUUCCACAUUCUUCACCUACACCAAAGCCAUCAGAGGCGUAGAUCCAAGAUCCCCAUUACUCCCCAGGAUGUUCUGGUUGGCAUCUACUAUUGCCUUUUCAUUUAAUGUUAUGAUUUAUCAAAGUGGUUUGUUAUUCAUGUCUAGCGCAGCCCAACAUCUAUCUCUGGGAAACAUGCAAAAGAUUGAUAGUGGCAAAACUCCGCAGCCAUUAAUCAAGCAAUUGAUUUCUGAGAGAGCUUUUGCAGAAAACAUUCUAAGGCAAAUUGAGGCUAUGGGGGAUCUACGUGUCACCGAAGACAACUUUUCGCAUGUUAUGGUCAAUUUGAUUUGUAAGGGUCUUUUGGUUCCAUAUACGAGGGCUAACUCAUUGUCAGCUUUGAUCGUUUUCUUUAAACUCUUUUAUUUUGAACUAAUGUAUGGUCCUAAUGAGAAUUAUUUGAUAUUCAUGUUCUUCAUAUUCGUGUUGCAAAGACCAGCAGUCUUUUUGAAGUGUAUGGAAGACGUUGAUAUGGAUAAUGAUGUAGUGCACCUUGACUCGAGGAAUAAGAUCCACAGGGGUUUACUUGACUGGUUAGUUUCAUUCACGCCAGACGCAUUCAUGACAUUAUAUCAGGCUUCGUUGUAUUUCGCAAGUAAGGCAACUGAUGAACAAAGUAAAGUUAGGUUUAUGUUGGUCUACAAAUACUUGAUGGAAAGUAAUCUUGAAGCGGCUUUCAAACUUUAUCCUUUUAUUCUAGGUGAGUUGAGAAGAUUAUCCAAGUAUUCCAACAACAGCUCUGUUAUGAUUUUAGCUUUUGAAAUCAUCAAAAUGGCGGUUAAAAGCAAGGAAUACCCAAGGAUUCCCCAAAUUGAGGAAGAACUGUUUGCAACUCUCUCGGAAAGAGGAUUGACUGGUAUACAAAAUAUUCCGUUUGAAAAUGAUUUACUGAAUGAUGCCUUGAAUGGUGUCAGAGAAAACCCUGUAAUCACAUAUGAAAGAAAGAAAUUGUCUGUUAUGUUAAUUUCCAAGGUCAUUUCUUUACCAUGA